CGUAUCCAUUUGGACAUUAGAGUUGGAGAACAUCUUUUGGAUGAAUCCGUUGUCCAAGCCAAAGACAAAGUGGAUGAAGUCAACUUAAGACUAGAACAUCUAAUUGAGCAAAUUAAUCACGUAACCAAAGAACAAAACUACGAAAGGGAGCGUGAAGAAAAAUUUCGGAAGACGAGUGAAGAAACCAACAGCAAUAUUUUGUGGUGGGCUAUUGUGCAAACACUAAUCCUCAUCUCCAUUGGAAUCUGGCAAAUCAAAUCUCUCAGAGAUUUCUUUAUAUCCAAGAAGCUGGUUUAA